UCGCAGCCUAAGCGAGGUUACCUUGAAACGGCGAUCGCUUGACACUGGAAUCCCCAGUCGCAAUCAAAGGCACCUUGUGUCGGGAAUCUAGAUGGGAUUUUCUAAUUGAACCCUAGAACCCUUCCUUCUCUAAGAAGUUUCCACCAUCCUUUGGCAACAAUCGUACCAUUAAACGCCAUGUCUUCGGAAGUCUUGAUAGUCCCGGUUAUCCUUGUCAGUGGCUCGCUACACUUCGCUGAAGUAGGACAACUCUCCACUGUGCAAGAUGUCAUCAAUAUCCUAGCAGCGAAGGACGAGGUCAGGUUCGAGAUAUUGGGAGACUUGGAGGAUACCGGUUGGGCACUGCAGAAGAUCAGAGUUGAGCGAAAUGGUAGGCCUUGGGAAGAGGACGAGCUCGAGUUAUUGGGUGAUGGAACCGUUAAACCGAAGGAUCUCGUUGCUCCGCUACUGAGUGCUCCCCAACCUAAACCAUCGAGUCAGAGGCACUUCUCAUCGUUUUCGCUAACGUCACACCUCCACAAUCCUGUUUUGAGGCUCGUGUCACUAAAUCCAUCACUUUCUCUUCAUAUUUCGUUCGCCCGCGUUCCAGAAAUUCACGACACAUUCCUCUAUACAUGUUACAUAUCGAGAGACACCACGGUUUUGGAUCUUGUCAACCUAAUCAUCGAAGAGCUCGGACUUACUAAGUCUUUACCGGUACCUGGUGGCGGAAACCUUGAAUACGUCCUUGAAGAGGUCUGGAGCGAAGGUAAUACCGAGAAGCACUCACGACUACCCUCGUCCUCCCUGUUAUUCCCCAUCUUGCGAUCUCCCUUUUGUGCUAACCCCUUUAGUUCCUCUGCGAUCCGUAUAUUCAGAUUCUGUGUCCCUGAUGAAUGGUAUCGACGCUCAAAAUCCAGGAGUGUCUCAUCGUCUUCAACAGAGCCUUCUCAAAAUACCAUCAAACGUUUAGCAUCCCUUCAAGAAUUUGAGGAGGAAGACGAUGAGGGUGAAGAAGAAGAAGGAACGGCAAAAAUUGGACAAGGUGGGACACCCACACACAGCCCUAAUCCCAGUGCGGAUUGGAAAGGCUCAAUGUCACAACAUCGUCUAUCUAGUAUGUUUGACGGCUGGCUAGGCGGUGGCUCCAGAAGUAGUGUCGUAUUUUCGCCGGAGAGUAAUAGAAAGAGUGUUAGCGAACCUCGCCUCAUGGAACGACAAACGCCAACUUUACGGCAGUCGGAAUCGGACGCAGAGGAUUCAGAGCUCGAUGAAAGUGCUUUCAAUGACAUGAUGGAUGCCAUGAAACUCAAACCAGGAAGUCGGAAAGCAAUGCAUGAACUUCCCACCGAUCGGAAGCGCUAUCUGCUGCGACAACACCGACAGCAAACUCUCGGGUCGAACCACACAGUUCCUCAAGCAAGCCCCAACCGAUAUGCCAAAUCAUAUGGUUCUGCCGGUACCGCAGGGCUCACACGGCUUGUACCACAGCUUACUGGCGAUGGGAUCAUGAAACGUCUCUCGAUAUGGGGAACCACGUCGCAAGAAGAAGGUUGUGGGGACGUCAUUAGUAACGGAGUGAGCAAAGGACCUCUAGUAGAAGAGCCGCAACCGCUUCAACCCCAAACUACAGGUGGUCUGUGGAGCAAUUGGUUUGCUUCCUCUGGAGGAAGCACUAUCGAGGGGUCGCCAAAGUGGUAUGUCGACGGAUUACGGACAUAUAAGACGACGGAUAAGAAGCUUCUGAAGCAUCUCAUCUCCUUACGAGUUCAUAUUUCCACUGUGAAAGUCGGGUGGAUUCAAGAUUUUAUGGGACCCGAGCAAGGAAUGGAGACUUUAGCCAACAUUCUAGCUAGUAUGGUUGGCAAAGGCGGAAAGAGACGAUCUCUUACCGAGAUUGAGGAGAGUAAUUUGUUUGAAGUGAUCAAAUGUAUCAAGGUCCUCUUGAACACUGAAUUCGAUCAAGUCCUUCAACUCCCUAUCAUCAUUACUCAUAUAACAUACUCUCUUCACGGCGCGUCCCUCAAACUGCGGACUUUCGUUUCCGAACUGCUGGCUGGCAUAUGCUUCUUGCAGAACCGUGAUGGAUACAAAGCGGUACUUGCAGCGCUAUCCGACUAUCGAAUUAUUUACGACGAAAAUUUUCGUUUUGAAUCACUCAUUGCAUCUUUGCGGUUACCUGAAGUAUCUCAUGACGGGGAGGUUGUGCAGGACUCGUUUGAGUUUGGCAACGAAGAAGAGGGUAUAUGGGAAGCUAGAACAGCUUCUAUGGCACUUAUAAAUGCUAUCACGAGUGUCCCAGAUUCGCUUGAAGAUCGUGUCAUUCUCCGGGAAGAGUUUGGGAGAAGGGGGCUGAACGAAGCCAUAGUGGCUCUCCGAUACAUUCAACCUCCAGAGCUCCUUUUGAACCAGUUCAGUGUAUACACUGAAUACAAGUUCGAAGAUGAGGAAGACAUGCGAGACAAGGCUCGGUCGAUUGCGGGGCGCGAUGCCUCUGGGCAACGGCCGCCAUCAGAAGUCGCUCUCGAAGAUGUGGUCCAUCUUGCGAGACAACACGGGGAGCUUUACCCUAUCAUGGUUGACAUACUCAAUCACUACGGCGAAAUACUGCAAAAGGAUAUUGGUUUGCAACUUAAAGCGGACCUCUUCAGAGUGUUGGACCGGUUUGUGGAGCAAGCCGCUAUGCUAGAUAGCUUCGACGACAACUGGUUCGUGUUUAUGAAGCGGUUCACUGCAUCGGUGCAACAUAUCACUGGUCAAGAGCUUGACGUCAAAGCUGCUUCUGAGGCUUCCGCCCUUGAUGUCGUUGAGGAGGAACUGGAGGCACUUAGGGCGAAAGUGGAGGAACUGAGUGAUGAGCGAACGACCCUUCGCAAUGAACUGAACCAACAAAUUGCUGAAUUGAACACGUUCAAAUCUCUUCCUAAUGUCGUUGCUACCAGCAACAAAAGUUCUGGUCAGGGAAAGCCUGAAAAUUUCCAUGGGCUUGUACAACGUUUGGUGCAAAAGGAGAAACAAGUGAUCUCUUUACAAUCUGAACUCGAUCGUUUCAGAUCUCAGCACCCUGGGGAAGGAAGAGAAGCAGAUGAACGAGCGAAACGGGAGCGUGACCGGACGAAAUGGAACACCUUGAUGGACGAGAUCGCUAAACUCAAAAUGAAGCAUGGAGAGUUGGAGACUACUAUGGGGGUUAAAGAGAAAGAGAUUGUCUACCUCAAACGUGCUCUCGAGUCUGUUUACAAUCGUUUCCUCUCCAGAGAAGAAUCUCGAGAGGAGAAUCGUUUGGCAGAAAUGGACGCUGAACAGAUGGCCGCUAGGACGAUCGAAAGUUUAUCCCAGAAGGACGAUCAGAUCGCUUCUCUUGUUGCCGAAGUUGCUGAACUGAAGGAGAAACUCACUGCAAAACCAAAGAGCGAGAAGGAAGCAAAACUCCGCGCUCCGCCUCCACCUCCACCAAUAAAACGGCAGUUAACGGGUACAUCAGAUUCAGCACAGCUGCCAAAUCCCACAGGACCUCCACCUCCACCUCCACCUCCACCUCCACCCCCGCCCCCACCUCCGCGCUCCCCUUUGAUACAUCUACGUCCACCAACUUCUCCUUCCCAAGGACUUAUUGGUGAUUCCUCUGCGCCGCCGCCACCAUCACCACCAUCACCACCAGCUCCUUUGCUUAAUGGCAUGCUACCACCACCACCACCACCGCCACCACCUGGUGUACUUCCUCCGCCACCGCCCCCUCCUCCUACUUUUUCAAAGGUUGCUAAGGUCAAUAAGCCCGGUAAACGGUUGAAACCUUUUUUCUGGAACAAGCUGUCGAACCCUUCCACCGCCAAUUCCGUUUGGAACGAAGUCAUCCCAGACUUUUCGUUCGAUCUCAGUGACUUGGAAGCUACAUUUGCUUUAGACAACUCUUCUUCGACUACCUCCCAGAUGUCGACCGGUAUAACAAUCAGGAAGCAGAGCAUGACGACUCUGCUAGACAUCACUCGUGCUAAUAACAUUGCCAUAAUGUUAUCGCGAAUCAAAUUGGGCGUGACUGACAUCCGGCUUGCUCUGCUCGAAAUCAAGGAUAAUCAACUGACGGUCGAUGAUCUGAAGGCGAUAAGCAAGCAGUUACCAACGCCAGAGGAAGUGACCCGUAUCAAGGACUUCGGCGACGUGAGCAAACUAGCAAAAGCGGAUCAAUAUUUCAACCAGAUAAUCACGAUUCCGGGGCUUGCCGAGCGUCUCGAUGCUAUGUUAUUCCGCCGGAAACUUGAGCUUGACGUUGAGGAGAUUCGACCGGAGCUCAAUCUUUUGCGAAACGCCUGUCGCGAGCUCCGCUCUUCACAGAGGUUCAAGGAAGUCCUCAAGGUUGUCCUUGCUGUCGGCAAUGCCCUAAAUGGAUCGACGUUUCGCGGUGGUGCACAUGGCUUCCAACUCGAAGCGUUGAUCAAGAUGAAAGAAACGAAGACCGUGAAAGGUGGUGCGGAGUGUCCUACCUUAUUGCAUUAUAUCUCCAAAGUUCUUAUGAGAAGCAACCCCGAUCUAUUGACAUUCGUUGAAGAUCUUCCGCACGUUGAAGCAGCCUCUAAAACAUCCGUGCAAACGACGCUACAGACGGUUAACUCUCUAGCGGCCGGAUUGAAACAAGUUCGAGCUGAAGUAAUUGAGGCAACGCAACGCAAGAGUACACCAUCCAAUGAUCGGUUUGUCCAUGUGAUGCAGCCUUUCAUUAUAGAGGUUACGCCGACGGUCGAAGCACUUAAGAACAUGGCAGUCGCUGUUGAGAGCGAGUUAAACUCUUUGUUGUCAUAUUAUGGAGAAAAUCCUGACUCUCCAGACGGUCCUAAGCCCGAAGACUUUUUUGGGCUCAUCCUGUCGUUUUCUUCGUCGCUUCAAAAAUCGUCUUUGGAGGUGCACGACGCGCAAGUGAAGUUGGACGCUCUGAAACUCAGAUCAGAGACCAAGGAACCUUCUUCGAUAGAAUCUGACCAAGAGCAGGUCCAGUCCCCUGCUGUCAAUCCUCCUUUAAGCUUACAUCUACUCUCGCCUGCGAAUAACCAAGGCUCACAUGGAAGAAGAUCCGUUGGUCGUGGUGAUUUGGAUCAGGCAAUCCGCAGCAUGAGAGAUGGUAAGCGAAGGCGAAAUAACGCCAAUACCACUCGUCCUUUAAGUAAGAUGUUCUACGACGGUGCCUCUGCGCGUCAUAGUCGUAUCAUGGAUGGCUAA